UUGAUAACAAAUUGAUAACACAACAAAUGUUUACAGCUUAGCCACUCCAACCAAUUUGGUUGUAUACCUUUAAGAGUUAUACAAAACUUCCGGGUUGAUGUUGCUGUGGUAACCAGAGAUGACUAGCCCCGCCCCUUAGGUUUGCCCCAGUCGGCGCUCAGUUAAAUUCCACCACUCUCACACAUGCCACACUUUAAAAAAAAAAACCUCCCACGUCAAAAGUUCCACAUUGAUACCGAACAAAUCAACCAACAGCGGAGACGGAAUGCACACUAAACCCCUAUAACACUGCUUCCAGCAACCAAUGAAACACGUGGUUGCUAAGCGAUGAUACGUGGCAUUGCUGAAAGCCUCUGAUGCUCCCCAGCCGGCGGCGCAACUUCUUUUCAGAUCCGUCUCCGCCGCACCUCGCUCAUGUGAACGACGGCUCGGACGUUCGUAAUACCAUGGCGGCCGUAACUGGCCCCUGCGCCCUCAACAACGCUGAGGUCAGUACGCCUCAGAGAAGACAUGGGAGCAGCGAAGAGGAUAUUAAAUGUGAGAGUGCACGGAGGAAAAGGGAGAACACGAUCCUGGAGAAAACCCAUGAAUUCUUCCAGGUGUGCGACAUUGAGAAAAAGGGAUUCAUUACCCGAUGGGACAUGCAGCGUUUGUACGGCGAACUUCCUCUCAAUGCGGACGAGUUGGAGAAAGUAUUCGACACGCUUGAUAGUGACAGCAAUGGAUCUCUCACCCUGGAUGAGUUCUCCACUGGCUUUAGUGAAUUUCUUUACGGCAGGAAGAUAUCGAUAAGUGAAAACAUGGAGGAAAAUAACCUCCACGGUAUGAAGUCUCCAGAGGUUCUGUACCACAAUCAAUGGGAUGAGAACUUGGUAACCUCUGAAGAUGAGGAGGAGAAACAUUUUUUCAUGCUGAUGGAGAGUCUCGGAGCCAGGAAUGUCUUUGAAGAUCCAGCAGAGGUACGCAGUUUGUGGGCGCAGCUUCGCCGCGAUGAACCGCACCUUCUUUCCAAUUUUGAGGACUUCCUGGCAAGAGUGACGUCCCAGAUCGUUGCGGCGAAUCGGGAGAAGAGCGAAAUGGAGAACGCUCUUCAACGGAAAGCAGCCACACAUGACAAUGAGAUCCAGCGCCUUUAUGAGGAAAUGGAGCAACAAAUCAAAAACGAAAGAGAUCGAAUUGUCAUGCAGGACUAUAAAGGGUUUGAAUCUCGUAGCCAAGACCUGGAGAAACAGCUGACCACUAAGGAGAAGGAGUUGGACCUGCUUUUUCAGAAGCAGAGGAGGCUUGAGCAUCAGUGUCAGGAGCUUCACAGUGAGCAACACGUAACCAAGGUGGAGAACGUGAAGCUGAAGAAGACCAACGAUGAUCUAGCAAAAGAACUGGAUCACACCAGUCAGGAGCUUCUCUUGGCUCAGGAACAGCUGAGUCUGCUCCACCAGCAGUCCAACCGCAUCCAUGAGGAGAAGGAGAUGGAAAUAUACAGACUGACAGAGGGACUGCAACGGGAGCGAGCGAGUCUUCUCAAACAGUUGGACCUCAUGAGGGAAAUGAACAAACAUUUACAAGAUGAAAAAGACAUUUUCUUUCAGAAACCAAACAAUUGUAAGAAGACGGGAUUCCAACCAACGCCUGAACUUAAUGAUGGGACACACACUUACUUUAGAAGUGAAGCGGAGAACGAGGAUGGCUCUGAGAGGCAGAACCCAACCAAUGGGUCCCCAACCAGAGGUUCCCUUCAGAGGAUCAUCUCCAUUGAGGAGGACCAUCUCCCCCACUUGCUCCAGAAUAGUCUCCAGCCCCAAAUUCCUCUUGAACCGCUUCCCGAAAAAGAGGAAUCAGAAGAACAUAUGGACUUGAUGAUGAGCGAUAUUUACCCGACUUACGCUCAGCCUCGGAGGUCAGAGGGCAUCGGAGAUAUGAGUCAAACUCCCACGUCUCCGAGAGGCGAACCCGUGGGCAAGGAGGCUAGCAUAAAUGACGGUCCUCCGUCGGCACCCGACCGCCUAUUUAAGAUCGUUCUGGUGGGGAACUCCAGCGUGGGAAAGACCUCCCUCCUGAGACGGUUUUGCGAUGACUGCUUUCAUCCAGACACGUCCGCAACCGUCGGCAUAGACUACAGUGUGAAGACAAUAAUAGUAGAUAACAGCCAGGUGGCGCUGCAGAUCUGGGAUACAGCAGGACAGGAAAGAUAUCGAAGCAUCACCAAGCAGUUUUUCCGCAAAGCUGACGGUGUCGUUGUGAUGUACGACAUAACGGUGGAGCAGAGCUUCACUGCUGUCAGACAAUGGCUGACCAGUGUAAAGGAAGGUGCAGGAGAUGCCAUCACUCUCAUGCUGUUGGGGAACAAAACAGACGUGGAGAUUGAGAGAGAAGUUGCCAAAUCUGUGGGGGAAAGACUCGCAAAGGACUGUCAGAUGACUUUCUUCGAGUGCAGCGCCCGCUCGGGACAUCAUGUCAAGGAGGCCAUGUUUCAUCUGGCCAGAAUCCUGAAAGAGCAGGAAGACCAGGAGAAAGAGAAAACCGUGCGUCUGGUCUGCAGCCCUUUGGAGACCAAGAACUCCUGCUGCUAACAGAUAACACACACACGUGCACACCAGCGUUUGUUCUGUGGGUUCCAUCUAUCCAUCCAUCCAUUCAUCCAUCAGGAAGGAAGGAAGGAAGGAAGCAUCCAUCCAUCCAUUCAUCCAUCAGGAAGGAAGGAAGGAAGGAAGCAUCCAUCCAUCCAUGAUCAGGAGCUGCUAACAGAUAACACCCACACUUGCACACCAGCGUUUGACAAUAUGACACGUCAAAUUAUUACCCAGAAAUGUUAUUUCAUGAGACAAAUGUUACAAAUGAUGUCAAAAUAACUGAAUAGCUGAACAUUUGUUUAAAAUGUCAGCUUUUAACGAUGUGGUGUAUUUAUGGAAUAAUUUAGGUUUGUCACAUGAUUGUCUUCAUCAUUUCAAUACAACGUGUCCAAUUUAACAACUUUAGUGUAUCCUUGGUUGGUUCCUUCCUUCCUUCCUGCCUUCCUUCCUUCCUUCCUGCCUUCCUUCCU